UGUAAAAUAUUGGAGACAAUCCCUAUGUGUAAUGUGGAGCUCAAUAUUAUUAUGUCGAAACUAACAAUACGGUACCGUACGCCGUACGGUAUGAAAAUAAGUGAAUCACAUAGAUAAUACAGAUAUAUAUGUGAAUCAGUAGGUACUAAGAUCUGACUCCUGUUCUUGAUGUACCAAAAUAUAUUAUUACCCAAUUAUUAUCACAAUAUAAUGGCUACGGAACCUCUGAUCGAAAUAAAAGACCUACCCUUCAAGGCUUUCAAAGACUACCACAUUGAGAACAAAAUAAUGGGUACAAUACAAUAUUCUGACUACUCUACCAUGUGCUACCAUCAGUUUUUCAGCGAUGUUAUGUUAAAGAAUAUUCCAUGUGUAAUAAAAAAUGUAACUAAUUCUUGGGAAUGCUCUAAGCACUGGGUAGUAGAUGAAAAAAUAAAUUAUGAAUAUUUAAUAAAAGAGUAUGGUGAAUUAGAGGCUCCAGUGGCAAAUUGUGAUAUAAUUACCUUUAAUUCCCAAUGCAAAACUAAUAUGAAAGUAAAGCAUUUCAUGCAGUAUCUUAAAGAGAGUAACAAAGAAAAGAUAUUAUAUUUGAAAGAUUGGCAUUUAAAAAGACUUCGCCCUGACGAUAAAUUUUAUGAAGUCCCAUUUAUUUUUGCAUCAGACUGGUUAAAUGAAUUUGCAAUGGAUAACAAGGAUGAUGAUUAUAUGUUUGUUUAUAUCGGACCAAAAGACUCAUGGACACCUUUUCAUUGUGAUGUUUAUUCAUCAUAUAGUUGGUCAGUAAAUGUUGUUGGGUUAAAGAAAUGGAUAUUGCUGCCUCCUGGAGAAGAAGAAAAGGUUAAAGACUCUUUAAAUAAUCUCCCCAUAUUAUUUGAACCAGAAAAAUAUAAAAAUGUUGAAUACAUUGAAGUAUAUCAAGAAAAAGGGGAUUGUAUUUUUGUACCAUCUGGAUGGCAUCAUCAAGUUUUUAACUUAUCUGACACCAUUUCAAUAAAUCACAAUUUCAUAAAUUCUUGUAACAUAGAAAAGGUUUGGCAGUCAUUGGUGAACAAUUUAGUUGCUGUAGAAAAUGAGAUCCUUGAAUUUAAAGAAUCACAAGAGUUUAUGGAGCAGUGUCAGUUAAUAUUAAAAUCAGUUUUUGGGAUGGACUUUUCCUCAUUUUUAAACUUAAUUAUAUACAUAGGUAAAAAGCGAUUAAAGCACUUAAAUAGAAACAAUAAUGUUGUGUUUGAGAAAUUUUAUUAUGGGAAAAAUCAUUUACAGUAUGAUUUGCUGGCAUUAAAAAAUAUUUAUACAUUAGUUCAAAGUCAUGAACUAUUUUCACAAUUACCAAAUUCUAUAAUAACAAAUCUGGUACAGGUUAUGGAUUCUAUUAAUAAAUUAUGAUAUUUAUAAA